GAGCCUUUUUUUGCUUUGAAUAUCCUGAAGACCUAAAUCUCUUGAGCUCUGAUCCACUUUUAUCUCCUUUCCAGCUACCCAGGUGACAUGUCCUACAGCUGGUUUCUAGCUUCAGAGACUGAAAUCCCUUUUCAUCAUCCUGCUGGUGUCACACUUUCUCCCUUGGUCAGGAAGACUCUCAAUGGUCUCCUGGGGAAGCCAGAGAGUCCUCUCUUGUUUACAGGUAAAUAAUGAGUCAUUAGAUAUAUUUACAUACUAGGACUUCAGCAGGAUUUCAGGAAAGAUAAGGUGCAGGGUAAAGCUGGUUCCCAGGGAGGAUGGGGUGAUUCAUCACACAUUUAAGAAAGGACCAGCCUCAUUUCCUCCCCAGCUUGAGGGGAAAUGAUCACUCCGCUCAGUGGCUCGCUCUGUGGCUGCCGAUCUGCAAGAGGGAGGAGCCCUGCAGCCCCAGCUCUGGCCCAGGGGGGUGUCAGCCAUACUGGCUGAGCAGAGGCUGGCUUGAAUUAUGCCCUGCUGUCUCCUUGCCCUCCUCCUGGGCACUUUCUUAGGUGUCAGAGCUCAGACCAUGCACCAAUGGCCACCUGUCCGGGUGCAGCUUGUGGGCAGCCCGCUCUCCCUGGAAUGCACCAUGACGGGGACAUCAAGCCCUUAUCUCUAUUGGUACCGGCAGUCCCCGGGAGGGACCCCACAGUUGCUCUUUUCCUCCUUAAGUAUUAACCAGGUCGUUAGUGAGGCAUCACAGACCUUCACAGCCUUCAGGCCCCAGGAUGGCCAGUUCGUCCUGUCCUGCGUUCUGAGAAGCUCCACCUCAGUGACUCUGGCUUCUACAGCUCUGCGCCUGGAGUCUCACACUGAGGUGGGUGGGGUAAACAUCUGUGCAAAACCCCCACCCUCUCCCGGAGCCCUCACUCUGGGGCUGGGUGGAGGAUACCUGGGUGUCUGGUUGUCAGCCACUGUGAGAACAACGGAUUCAAGCCAGAUUCUCCAAAAGAACUUUAUUAAGUUCUCAGGGAGAACAAAAAGAUUUUUGUGUGCAGGACCUGUGAAUGGCAUACACGUAGUCAAAUCCCCAGUGCACGGAUGUGUCGUCCUGGGCUGUUGGACUCCAGCCCUCACACUCUCUUCUCCCGAAUUCCUGUCUUCCGCAUCGGGGGAGUGAGAGAGGUGGGAAGGGCCAGGACUGGGAUGUGGUGUGGUGGCACACAGGUGGGCAAGGACAAGGAUGCCAACUCAGGUGACUUCGGUGGCUAAUUUUCAUCACCUGGAAAGUCUCCUUCUGUUGAUCUUUCUGCAGAGAGUAGACAUCCUGGGGAAGCUUGGGCGAGGCUUUGCGCCAGGGAAGGGGCAAGGUGUUCAGUACGCUGUUCUUUUGCGGGCUCGAAGUGCGCCCCUGUUAGUAUCAGAAACCACACUUAGGGAUUGUGAUUAUUGUUUUGGAUUUCUGGCUUUUUAAUUCGGAUUCUACUGUGUCUCAUCCCUUCCCUUGUAGCGAAAGGGAGCAGAAAAGCAGAUGGUGACCAAAGACAUACAAAAGAGGGAACAAGAUGAGGGCACACGUGUAUAAUGGUAAAACCCUAAAAAAGAGAAAUUAUUUGGAUGAGAAUGAAGGAGAGGAAAAGGCUUCUGGGGGUGGCUGGGAAGAGUUGCUACAGUUCCCUUGGCAACCGAGCUUCCUUCCUCAUCCCUCAGUCCCUCAUCCCUCCCUCGUCCUCCUUAUUCUUAACAAGCAUUUCCUUUCUAAUGUCCUCUGUGCUCCACGAGGGGGCACAAGAAUCUUAAAAUACUCUGUUCCUGGCAUCCCUUCUUCUAGGACAGUUCAGACAUUUGUUUAUUUUCAGUACCUUUCGAUCUACAGAGGAAAAUCUGAGACAGAGAUGCACGGUGAUCAAGA